UCUAGGGUUUCUCUUUAGUCUAUAAUAAUGGAUUCAGUUUUGAAAAUUUGUUCACGAAAUCAGUCCGAGAAACAGUGUAUUAAGAAUACUUAUGUUAGAAAAAAUUCUAUAAAGGAUGAUCUAGCUGGAAAUUUAGCGAGUAAUGAACAAAACGCAACCAUGAAUAGUGAACAGCAACCGAAACAAGAACCAAAAGCAAAGACUCAGCCUGAGUCUGGUGGCGACUGUGAACCCAUGUUGUGUACUACAUGCCCUUUUUGUAACUUAUGGUUUCUUGAUUAUAGAGACGUUGAAAACACAGAAAUGAUAUGCACAAAUUGCAAAAAACCGUUUGUUGCUUAUGAUGCGGAUCCUGAAGAAACGCCUAAGGAAGAUAAGAAUUGCUCGAGUCAGGAGGCUUGUGAUAUACAUGAUAAGAAGGUCGAGUUAGACUGCAAGAUUAAUAGAGUUUCUUCUACUAUGAAAUUGCAGGGAACUAUCGAAACUAUAGAAAAUUUAUUAGGGGUUGAAGGAAAAGCUAAAAGCGGCGUGAAAGAGGAGGCAGGUUCGGGAAUGAAAAAAGGAAAAGAUUCAACAGGUUGUUUGGAGAUUGCGAGUGUUACCGUUGCAAAUGACUACGUAGCUGAGGAAUUUAAGGAGGUCAAACAAACGGCAUUGACAGAUGAUAGUACUAGUGAAGAUUUCCAUGACUUUGACCUAAGUAGGACAGAAGAAUGCUUUAGAGUUGAGGAUUUGUGGGCAUUUAUGAUAAUAAAGAUGGCAUGCCUAGAUUUUAUGCUUUUAUUGACAAAGUCGAGUCACCUAAUUUCAAGGUGGAGAUUACUUGGUUAGAUCCUGUACCUGAAGACCAAGAUGUGAGGGUUUGGAUCAGAAAAGGUUUGCCCAUUGCUUGUGGUAAGUUCAAAGAAAAUAAGAAAAGUGCCUCCAAGGAUGUUUGUAAGUUCUCUCAUAAGGUUUCCUGGGAAAUAGGCAGCAGUACUCAAAAUAUUUUUAACAUAUAUCCCCAAAAAGGUGAAGUAUGGGCUCUAUUCAAGAACUGGCAUACCAAUUGGAACUUUGAUGCUGGCAACCAUAGAAUGUACGAGUAUGAAUAUGCAGAAGUGCUAUCAGAUUAUAACAAGGAAUCGGGUGUUAGCGUUGGGUACUUGGUUAAGGUGGAAGGGUUUGUAAGCCUGUUCAAGCCAAGAAAAAUUUGUGGAGUGGGUUCCUCUCAAGUACCACCUGGUGAACUUCUCAGAUUCUCGCACAUGGUUCCUUCGUUUAGAGCAACUGGUAAAGAACGAAAAGAUGUACCUGAAGGUUAUUUUGAACCUGAUCCUGCUUCCCUGCCUAGUACUCUUGACGAAAGUUCCGAUUCCAUUGACGUGAAAGCAAGUGUUGAGAAUGCUGCAACUAAUGGUAACCUUGAUUAAGUUUCUCAUCCAGUUGAUGCAAAAGUAAACAUUGAGUCUAUCAAUGCUAUAGCUAAUGGUAAGCUUGAUGAAGUUUUUGAUCCGGUUGAUGUAAAGGUUAAUGCUGGAACCGUCAAUGCCACGGCGGACUCUUGCAGAUCUCAAGAGACGAAAGAGUCUUAUUCACCGAAGAAGAGAAUAGAUCUCGAGGAUAAGGUUACUACAGAUGGAAGGAAUUCAAAAAGUGGGAGUUGCUUUGCAAGGUCAUCGUGUGUAUACAAUAAGAAGCAGCGAAUUGAAGAAAGUGCUCCUUUCUCUUUGGACAAGAACUCCGGUGGUGCAGAUGGUACAGAUGAAGCUUUGAAGUUUGAGGCUGAUGCUAAGGAUAUGGGUGCAGAUGGUUUGGAAGUGAACAUGUCACAGCCUUUGGUGGACGUUUGCAGAGUUCCGGCGGCAGAAUUUUAUAACUUCGAAAAUGACAGAUGUCAUGACAAGUUUCAGGCUGGUCAGAUAUGGCUCUUAAUAGCGGGUUGGAUGGCUUGCCCAAACACUAUGCUCAGAUAAAUAGUGUUGAAUUAUCCCCAGAUUUUAAAAUGGGAAUAAAUAUGCUGGAAGCAUGCAACCUACCAAAGGGUGUGAUUCAGUGGCUUGACAAGAAAAUCCCCAUAUGCUGUGGAACGUUUACAGCUGGGGAGACAUAUGUUUGCAGUGAUACCGCUUCUUUCUCUCAUUUAUCAACAGGAGUAUCGACCAAUAAAGAAAACAUGUACGAUAUAUACCCAAAGAAAGGGGAGGUAUGGGCAUUAUUCAGAAACUGCAAGUCUGACUGGACAUGUUCCAACUUGAAGAACUGCAAGUAUGAUAUGGUGGAAGUUCAAGUGGUGUAUGAUUGUUGGAUAAUAGUGAUGGUUUUGGAACAGGUCGCCGGUUUUAAGACGGUAUUCCGGGCUAAAACAGAAGCAGGAUUUAAUUCCACUAUGGGUGUUCCAUGGAUUGAAUUGUUUAGAUUUUCUCAUCAAGUUCCUGCUUUCCAGCUGACAGAAGCUAAAUACGGAGGUUUGCGUGGCUGUUUGGAGCUCGAUCCGGAAUCAAUGCCAGCUUGUUUAUUCACUACAAAUUAAAAUAGCCGUGAGGUUUUGUGCAACACACUCCUGGAACCAUUAAAAAAAAAAAAGCUGCUCAGGUUUGUCUAUUUUAUCUUAGCUUGUAACCUGAUUUUGUAUUUAUUUCUAUUUAAACAACUUGUCAUGCUUAUUGAGUUGUAUAUGGUAGCUCAUCUUGAACUUAACUGUUACAUUGAAGGCACUAAUCUUAUAUUCUACCUCUUAAUAUGAAAAGCCAAUGGUAAUUACUUAAGGUGUUAUUCGUGUCUAAA